UUCGUGGUGCAUCGGAAGGGAUAACACGAUUCGACUCUGGGAAUGCCAUGACUACAACCAUCAAUAAUAUUUUAUUUUGGUGUAUAGUCGUUAAUGGGAUAUCGAUACCAUCGAUAGAUUCAUUAAGGGUAUUGAAACAGCCGGGAUUGGAACUCGAAUCUGGAAGGAAUACUUCGAGCCCGCGGCGGCUUAGCAGCCUUGAGCUGAGGGGCUGGUCGCAUGCGGACCUGCCUGUAAGGAGGCCUCAUUCGAGACUUGAGCGGCAUAGAAAGAGGCCUCGGUUUUCAGGAGUUCUGUUCGUGGGAGUGCACUUGAGGAACCUUGGCGGACUGCCGCGGAGGGGCACGGGUUCCCGCCGAGGGCCGCGCGCCGGCCGCCGGUCGGAUGCCCGGAGAAAAGACGACUCCGACUUCGAAGCCUUCAUGAAGAAGAUGUUCAGUGACAUGCCACAAUCGAUGGGCAAGAAGGGCUACAUCGACGAAGUGAAAGACGGGCCAAACGCGGGCUACAGACCGUACUGGUACGGGUACAACUUUGCGACGGACCGUCCCGAGUCUAAGCAGAAGAUCAAUCAGGAGUCCAGCCACGAGGACUUCGACUACGGCAUGGGAAUGGGCAACGGGACUGGCACCUGGGGCGGCGGCGCCAAGACGCUCGGGCGGAUCGACGACCAGCUCGGGGCAGGCGUGCUCGUGAACGAGGAUGUUCGCGCGCGCCCCAAGAAGGCCAAGUGCGCGCCCAACAUGGGCCCGAAAUGCGACUUAGGUGUAUUCGCCGGAGACCUCCCCAAUGGCGUCGUCGAAAGCUGGAUCCAACUCACCAAGUCCUGCAACGUCUGCUCUGCCAGUGCUAGAGAGAUGGGCCUGGUAUGCACCGUGGACAACAGCGGGGAGGUGUUUCAAGAGAUGCAUGCGUGCGUGAUGGAGAAGAAUAACUGCGUCAAGGGCAUCGCGGCCAUCCAGCCGAAUAGGGAAUCUUACAACUACUACAAUCACGAGUUCGGGGAGUUCCCGUUCGCUGUGACGUCGGGCUGGACCCGCGUAGCCAUCCAUGGCGAGGAAGAUGCCCACAUACGCCUCUACGACUCCUGGCCCUUCCACACUUCCAAACACAAUUACUGGUUUAAGAUCAACACCUGGCUACGGUUUUGGUGGGAGCUUCUCUGGAGACCGCCAGUGGAGACCCAUUUGCAUUACAACGGGGAAUCGGUGGCGGCGGCCGUAAACCGUUACGGACUGGAAUACUGGGGGGGUUGGUGGAAGGAGUACACGAUAGUGUGGGACGUAAAGACCGGCUGGAUCCUCAUGUCACAGGCCCGCAGGCCCGACGCGCUCUCUGGAGACGAGCGAGUUGUCUUCAUCGAGUAUACGGCGCCUAAGCCCUGGAGCCCUAUCUACAUCGACGUCUCCAACCUCUACAAGCGGUGGCUUAACAUCGUAAUCUACGAUUUACCAUUCGAAUUAUCGGUGAUGAACCUGGGGUCCUGCCAGUCGGGACGCGUGUGGAACGACUUCCCGACUGACACGGAGGAGGUAUUGAACCGCACGAUGACCAUGGAGAGCCGGCACCUGAAGCGCAAAGAGAGGUUCAAGAUCAACAACGAGGAGUGGUCGGCCGAGGACGGGCCCUACGUCGAGUACCCGCACAACCUCUACAUCGACAACUAGACUAUUACACACACUCAUCUAAUACUG